AUGUCUUUCUCCAGAAGGGCCCCAUCGUCGGCCCUGCUGUCAAGUUUGCGCGCAUCCUCUUCUCGAUCCCCAUUUUGUCUUCGAUCCCCCGCAACCAGAUUAAGAUAUGCAUCCACAGAGCAAAAUGCAGGAGAAGGUCGUUCAUUUAAAGGGCAGCUCUACGAAAGUACACAGGCUCGAUUGAUAAAGGAACGCGCAGAGCGGGAGCAAUAUUCCAAGAGCAGAAAUGAAAGUUCUGGAGGAAAGAAUUCGGCUUUAACAUUCGUUAUCAUAUCAGUGGCUGUAGGGGGUUAUUACUUCGGUUCAUUUAGAAACCCUGGUGCACCUACGACGUCGACUACCCCUCUUUCGACCACAAAACCUCUUCGACAUAAUACAGGUCGGUCAAAUCUUGAAUCUGCAUGGGCGGAUUUUGUCGAAAUAGUGGGCAAAGAAAAUGUUUCUACCAUUGAUGCAGAUCUUGAGAGCCAUUCAGGUAGCGAAUGGUCCUCUCAUUUGAGAAAGCCGAAUGAGGUACCAUUUAUGGUCGUCUCCCCCUCAUCAACGGAAGAAGUUAGCAAGAUCAUGAAAAUUUGUCACAGGAGGAAGAUACCCGUUACUGGAUACAGUGGAGGCACAAGUUUGGAAGGACAUUACGCUCCUACACGGGGUGGUAUUUGCAUAGAUUUCGGAAGGAUGAACAAGAUCUUGAAGCUACACAAGGAUGAUAUGGACGUGGUCGUUCAACCAGCUGUAGGAUGGGAACUUCUCAAUGAAGUGCUGGCGAAGGAUAACCUCUUUUUCCCACCAGAUCCAGGUCCAGGUGCCAUGAUUGGCGGAAUGGUGGGAACAGGGUGCAGUGGAACAAAUGCGUACAGAUAUGGCACUAUGAGAGAAUGGGUAAUGAAUCUGACUGUCGUUUUGGCAGAUGGAACUAUUAUCAAAACGAGACAAAGGCCAAGGAAGAGCAGUGCAGGUUAUGAUUUGACUAAGAUGUUUAUCGGAAGUGAGGGGACACUUGGGCUAGUCACCGAGGCUACAUUGAAGGUCACUACAAAACCGAAUACUACCAGCGUGGCUGUAUGCAGUUUUGGAAGCAUUAAGCAAGCAGCAGAUUGUGUUGGAAAGGUCGUUACUGAGGGUGUUCCCAUCGCCGCCAUUGAAAUCUUGGAUGAUAAUCAAAUGCUGAGCAUUAACAAGUCAGGUAUGACAACCAAAAAAUGGCUCGAAGAACCCACGCUUUUCUUCAAAUUUGCCGGUACACCCAAUGCCGUCAAAGAGCAAAUUAGUAUUGUUCAAAAGUUGGCUAAGGCGACCGGAAGUAAAACUUUUGAAUUCGCAAAAAAUGCAGAAGAACAAGUUGAGUUAUGGAGUGCAAGAAAAGAGGCUUUAUGGUCUGUAAUGGCCAUGCGGGAAAAAGAUGGUGAUCAUGUGUGGACGUCAGAUGUCGCCGUACCAAUGAGUAGAUUACCGGAAAUUAUUGAAGAAACCAAGGCGGACUUGGCUAAGAGUGGGAUGUUUGCUUCGAUCGUGGGACAUGUUGGAGAUGGCAACUUUCACACUAUUAUACUUUACAAUGAUACCCAAAGACAAACCGCCGAAGAAGUCAUCCACCGAAUGACCAAGAGAGCGGUCGAAAUGGAAGGUACUGUGACUGGUGAGCAUGGUGUUGGAUUGGUGAAGAGAGACUACUUGAACCAUGAAUUGGGGGAGAAUACGGUUGAUGCUAUGAGAAGGCUGAAAUUUGCAUUUGAUCCAUUGUGUCUAUUGAAUCCAGAUAAGGUUGUUAGAGUCGAAAAACCUAAGCCGGGAGAAGUUUCAGAAUGGAACCGUCCACGUGACAUCCUAAGGUUACCUAUGUGCUCCUUCAACCUCCACUUUGCUUCUCAUGUCGCCACUUUCCGUCACAACAAACUAUUUGCAAUGGUUGAACCAACUCAAGAACCUCACAAAUGGGUUGGCUACCCCUCUCCAAAAGAAGGUCCUAAUGUACCUUUUAUAAGAACAGAUGAUAAGAAUCCUACAUUCCGAGGAUUGCUUUUGGUGGUGGUUGGAUGGCUUGUUUCCAAAAUUACGUUCAUCCAAGGUCCCCUAUGGAACAAUGCAAAAAUGAAUGCGUUGAGGAAUAUCAAGGGAUUAGAUGAGUACUAUGAGAGAUGGGAUCCUACAGUAAUCCCUCUUGCAAAUGAUUCACCAUCCACAACAAGUUCGGAUGGAUUAGACAUUAAAUCAACGCCUGUCGUUCCAGAGAAUUCAGCUGAGCGAUAUCGUUCGGUGGCUGAAUAUCAUGCACUUUAUCGCACCGGAAAAUUAACCCCACUAGCUGUCGCGGAAUCGCUUCUCCCUCUGAUCAGAAGAGAUAUCAGUCUGAAGGAACCCCAUUCCGUCGCUUUUACUGAGAGCAACGUUAAGGAAAUUUUAAAAGCUGCCAAAGCAUCAACUUUGCGAUACCAACAAGGAAAUCCUUUGAGCAUUCUUGAUGGAGUUCCCACCGGUAUUAAAGAUGACAGUGAUGUCGCAGGAUAUAGAAGUCAUCAUGGACGAAAAAGGAAUGAUUCAAUGUUCACUGCUGCCGAAAAGUCUACUUGGAUUGUUCAACAAUGGGAAAACUCUGGUGCUCUUAUCAUGGGAAAGUUAAAUAUGCAUGAGCUUGGUUCGGAUACUACUAAUAAUAAUCCCCAUUGGGGAACUCCAAAAAAUCCGCAUAAUGACCAUUAUUAUCCCGGUGGAUCUUCCGGAGGUCCUGCCUAUGCGGUCUCUUCUGGACUGAUUCCAUUUGCUCUUGGUUCAGAUGGUGGUGGAAGUAUCCGCAUCCCAUCAUCUUUCUGUGGUCUCUAUGGGUUAAAGCCUUCCCACUCACGAGUUGAGGAUACUGGAAGUACUGUCACUGUUAAUGGUCCUCUUGCAGCGACUAUGGCGGAUCUCGAGGUGGCCUAUCGAGUUAUGGCAAAGCCUAACCCAUCUGAUCCGGUUGCUGCGCUCUUCAGUCCGCCAGGAUCUUUCAAAACUGCACAGCCAAAAGUCAUCGGAAUUUAUAAAGACUGGUUCGACCGAGCUGAACCAUCUGUUCAUACAUUAUGUACUAAAUUUGUGGAUUACUGUGAAAAAACUCUUGGCUAUACUAUUGUCCCAAUCACAAUUCCAUACUGCCCCGAAGGUCAACUUGCCCAUGCCAUGACUAUUCUAGCAAACAUGGCCUCACGGGCAAAGACUCAUCCUUUCUCGCCUAUGAACUGGUUACAAGAUGCCUCUCCCUCAAACAAGAUUCUCCUUACAAUGGGUGCAUAUACACCAGCUCGAGACUAUCUCCUCGCCCAACAACUCCGCAAUCUACUCAUGCAGCAUCUAUCCUUCCUCUUCAAAAAAUACCCUGGUCUCAUCAUUGUCACUCCUACUACCCCAAUUCCCGGAUGGCAAAUAGAACACGAGGGAGACUUACUACACGGUGCUUUUGAUCCAAAUAAAAGUCUUAGGAAUAUGGAGUACGUAUGGUUGGCCAAUUUCACGGGUAUUCCUGGAAUUAAUUGUCCUGUUGGAUAUGUAGAUCCAAAGAAAGGUGAAGGGAAGAUUCCGGUGGGUAUAAUGGGAUCUACGGAAUGGGGAGGUGAGGAGGUGUUGAUUGAAUUUGGAAAGGAGGCUGAGGCUUGGUUGGCUGCAGGAAAUGAAGGGGGUGGGAGGAAAUUACCAAGGAAUUGGGUGGAUGUUGUGAAGAUGGCUAAGGAGAAAGUGGAUGGGAAGGCGGCGGAAGAGAGUUGA